AUGGACUUGGAAGUCUUGGAAGCCGCAAACGUGCAGUUACGAGGAGGUAAGCUGUGGGGGCUGGCUGGGGCCAUCUCCCGACUAGGCAAAGCGGGUGAAUGGUAUGCUGCCCUGCAGCUGCUGCACAGCUCUGACUACCUGGCCAAGACCAAAGACAAGGCCUAUCGGCCGGACACGGCUGCAUUCAAUGCAGGCAUGAAGAUUUUGGACAAGCUCGGUAGAUGGAGACAAGUGGUGGCGACCCUGGAAGGCAUGCAACAUAUGCUCACUCGACAGAGCAUCGUUACUAUGGGCAGUGUCGUGAACAGUUUAGUUGAAGCUGCGAGGAAUCGAGUUGGUGAGGCUUGGCUCCGAGCUUUAGCCGUCGUGGCGGAUGUGAGACACACGACUCCUGGCACUGGUGUAGUGCUGAUGAACACAUUGCUGGCUGCUAGCAGCGCCGAUGCACGCUGGCAGAUAAGCAUGCAGAUCCUGCAAGGGGCAGUGUGGCAGUCAACUGAAACCGACAUCAUAUCCUGGAACUCAGCAAUGGCAGCUUCAAGGAACGAGUGGAAGACCGGCCUGCACUGCCUUGCAGCCCUGCGGCUGCAAGCUUUGGUUGCUGACGUCAUCUCCCUCAGCUCUGCGGCCCAGUGCUGUGCAGGCGAGCUGCAGUGGCAACAGAUGCUCUUCUUCAUGGGAGGCCCGUUUCAACGCAGCACGCCCGGCAUCAACGCAGGCAUGACAGGCCUUUCUCGAAGAAGCUGCUGGCAGCAGGUCCUCCAUGCAUUUGGACAGCUCAAGUCCGGGUUAUUCGGCUUGCGAGCAGAUUCAAUUUCAGUGGGAGUGUGCAUCGAUGCACUUCAGACCUCCAAGCUUUGGCUUCGAGCGUUGGACGCUGGCUUGUCUUCGGAGGCAUGUGGCCUUCAGCCAGACGUGGCCACCUGGAACAGGAUGUGCACAAGCAGUGGUUCCAUGAGCUGGCAUCAUGCCUUUGUCGUGCUCGAAACCUUGGAGGGCAAGCUCCUGAAAAGCGAUGCCGCGACAUACUCCUGUCUGUCUUCAGUCUGUAGCAACACCCACGGCUGGAGAGAGUCUCUGUCAGUACUGGCGAAGUCUAGCACGAUGAAGCACGUGGCGAACAAAGUUCGCUUGGAUGAUCUGCUGUUGCCAGUGGUUUCUCUUGGAGCUUGUGUCAAGGCUUCCAACUGGGAAGGCGCCCUUGGACUCGCAGAUUGUCGGCUUCUGAAGUCACAAGGGCAAUCUGGCCAUCUGAUCGCUGCUUUGGUGUCCUUGACGGAAGGCCACAGCAAGGUCUCCCAGUGGGAGGCCUCCAUUCAGCUUUUGGAGCAAGAUGCCUGGCAAGGAGGCAAGCCUUCCUUGCAUGUGUUCAGCGCUGCGGCGAGCAGCAGUCUUGAGCCGAGCUCCUGGCGUGCAUCUCUGGCUCUCCUUCAAUCAACUCAGUCUCUGUCCUUGCAGAAAGACACCGUCUGCCAGAACUCUGUUGCUGCCAGCUGCGGGGCGGCUAUGCAGUGGUUGGCUGCGGUGUCGCUUUCCAGUGAGCUCCUGCAGGUCGGCCUUCAAAGCAGCGAAGUCACUCACGGAGUGCUGCUGUCAAUCUGCGAGGAUUGGCGAAUGGCUUUGCACUGUGUCCAACAGGUGUCCCGGCCCCAGGCUGGCCAGCUUAACCUAUCGAGCGCUGUGCUGGGUGCUGCGAUCAGCACAUACAGCAGCGGAAUGCGGUGGAUGGAAGCGUGGAGUCUGCUCAAAGACACAGACUUUGCGAAGCGAUCCUUUGAUCGCUGGUACCCAUCCUUUGAAGCUGUUCUUUUGGCGUCCUCCAUGGCUGGCCACCAUGAGACUACCCGGCACCAACUAACUCGUAUCAGGACUGAGUUCCUAUGUGCGCUGCGACCAGCGCCACGGCAGCGAGCACCUGCACAAAAAGGAAGGACUGGCGGUAAUCGAAUUAGACGGGAGGUUUGA